UCACUGUAACAGUAUUGGAGAUUAUCAAUCCUUCUUUCUUACAUCACUGCCGUUGCCUUCUCUAGAUUCCUCAGAAAUGGCUGAAAUCAAGCCCGAAGCGAGUAACGAGCAACGUCUGAUCAUAGCGCAACCCGAUAUUUCGGACGUACAGCUUAGCAAAACAAGGCGAGUCGCCUCGCUCGACAUCUUCAGAGGCCUCACCGUCGCGCUGAUGAUUUUGGUUGAUGAUGCUGGAGGAGAAUGGCCUAGUAUUGGACAUGCUCCAUGGAACGGUUGCCAUCUUGCUGAUUUUGUGAUGCCUUUCUUUCUCUUCAUUGUGGGCAUGGCCAUUGCCCUUGCUCUAAAGAGAAUACCAAGGCGGGUCGAUGCUAUCAGAAAGGUGAUUCUUAGAACUUUCAAGCUUCUUUUUUGGGGUCUUGUAUUACAGGGAGGUUACUCACAUGCUCCUGACAACCUAACAUAUGGUGUUGACAUGAGAAAAAUAAGGUGGUGUGGCAUUCUCCAGAGAAUAGCCCUUUCAUAUUUGGUUGUGGCUUUAGUGGAAAUCUUUACUAAGGAUGCACAGGCAAAAGAAGUCUCACCCAGCCAGUUCUCUAUAUUCAAGUUAUAUUUUUGGCACUGGUUGGUCGGAGCAGGCGUACUUGUUAUUUACCUAGUUACUCUUUACAUGACAUAUGUCCCUGAUUGGCAAUUCACUGUCCACAACAAGGAUAGUCCUGAUGAUGGGAAAGUUUUCAAUGUGGUCUGUGGUGUUAGAGGAAAACUAGAUCCUCCUUGCAAUGCAGUGGGAUAUAUUGACAGAGAAGUCCUAGGAAUUAAUCACAUGUAUCAUCAUCCUGCUUGGAGGAGGUCUAAGGCUUGCACUGUGAAUUCCCCAUACGAGGGACCUCUGCUGAAGAAUGCACCAUCAUGGUGCCAAGCGCCUUUUGAACCUGAAGGAAUCCUGAGCUCAAUAUCUGCUAUUCUCUCCACAAUCAUUGGGGUGCAUUUUGGACACGUUCUAAUACAUUUAAAGAGUCACUCAAUGAGACUGAAGCAUUGGGUUCCGAUGGGAUUUGCUCUCCUCAUUUUAGGCUUAACUCUUCAUUUCUCCCAUGCGAUGCUAUUGAAUAAGCAGUUAUACACUUUCAGCUAUGUUUGUGUCACAUCUGGAGCAGCAGCUUUACUUUUAUCAGCCAUCUAUAUCCUGGUUGACGUUUGGGGAUUGAACUAUGUGUUUCUCCCAUUUGAAUGGAUAGGCAUGAAUGCUAUGCUUGUUUAUGUCAUGGCAGCGGAAGGCAUCUUCGCAGGCUUUAUUAAUGGAUGGUAUUAUGACAAUCCCCAUAAUACACUGAUAUUUUGGAUUCAAAAGCACAUUUUCAUUGGAGUUUGGCAUUCUCGAAGGGUCGGCAUUUUACUCUACGUCAUAUUUGCAGAGAUCCUCUUCUGGGGCAUUGUUGCAGGCAUUUUGCAUCGCCAACGCAUUUACUGGAAACUCUAAAGUACUUACUUUGUAUUCUACACGUGAAUAAUACAAGUCUGCUAGGAUUUACUAAUAGCAAAAGUAGACUUCACUGCUAGCGAAAGCUUUUGCUAUAAGAAAUGUAUGGAAUUGGUUUUGGGCAGCAAGUGAUAUCUGUAUAUUUGUGUUGUACGUUUCUUUUCUUCUUGUCCUGCUUCUCUUCAGGCAUUGAUAUCUUAUUGUACAUUGCAUUCAAUGUUUA